AUGAAGUUGACAUUUUCCUCCGCCAUCUUCAUCUUGGCGGUGCCAUGGGCUUCAGCCCGGCCGGCGACACCAACGACCGCCACCAGUGCCGUAACAUCUGUCGCUGCUCCUACAAGCACAGAGGUGGUUGACACCUCCUUUGCAAACAUCUUCAAUCUUGGCAUAUUGACCGAGCGAGGAGCCGACCUUCUCCACGAGCUUCUCAACGAGAAGCACGAAUCGAAACCCAAGCGAUCUGUCGCUGUUCGAGAACUAGCCAUCAAUCUGCGAGACCAACUAAACUCUGGGGACGUGGACCUCAACAAGGCACUCAACGAUGGCCUCAAAAAGCUCAACAGCACAACCGCAGAGGUUGAUCUGAAUGACUUGAAAACGCAAGGAUUUCAAGUCCUUCGGGAACGCAUCGAGGCCGAAGAUUUCAAUAAACUUGCCCAGAAGCUAUUUCACGCUGGGACUGCGAAAAUCACCAGACGAGAGACAUGGAGCUGGGCAGGGUUUUUCAACGGACCUAUCCUCCGUACUGCUGCCAAAAUGGGCGUCAGUGUCGCAAGCAAUCUCCUCGGCAGAGUAGACCUCAACAAGGUUGCUCAAAACGGCCUCUCUGCGCUAGGCAACAUGGUUGGCAGAGUUGAUAUGAAUCAGGCUGCUGGUCAGGGUGCGGGCUUACUUGGUAGUAUGCUGGGUGGGAUUGAUAUCAACAACGUAGUCAAGGGGGCCUUGGGAUUUUUGUUUCCAUAG